AUGGAUGCCGAGGAGCCGAAGACAGACGAAGUUGAAGAGUCGAUAGAACAAUCAAUGGAAGUUGAAAAGAAACAAGAUGAGAUAAAAUUAGCAAAAGUGGAAUACGAUUACCAAGCAAAUGAAUACGAUGAAUUGUCUCUCGAUGUGGGUGACAUUGUUACAAUACUCGAACAAGGGGAAAAUGGAUGGUGGAAAGGGGAUUUGAAUGGAAAGAUUGGUUCAUUUCCUGCAAAUCAUGUAAAAUUGAUUGAAAAGAAAUCUGCUGAGGAAGAAAACGACGAAAACAUUAACGGAAAAGGAAAAAUAACAAAAAAGUUAUUUAAUUAUGGUGUCAAACCGGGUGGCGUGGGAAGUUUAUUUGCUGGUGGAUUUCCUUUGAAACAAUCCAAACGAACUCAAAACGUAUCGGACUCGAGUGAUUCUCCAAAGACAGAAGAAAAGCAUGAGAAUUUGACUCAUGUGUUAAGAAAAACAAAUCGUACCCUGUCUGAGGAUGACUCGGAUUACAAACAAGUUUCAACGCAUUCGUCCGAAAACGCACGUAAGCGAGAGACUGCGACAAAAGUCACACCUCCACUACCUCGUUUGCCACCUAAAAAGCCGCCUCCCAAGCCAAAACUUGAACCAAAGGCUACCGUGCUUUAUGAUUAUGAUGCGGAGGCAGAUGAUGAAAUUUCCUUGAGGGAAGGAGAAAUAAUUACAGUUUUGGAUAAGACCGACGGAGAAGGCUGGUGGAAAGGUAGAAAUGAUAAUGGACAAGUUGGAAUAUUUCCGUCUACGUUCGUGGAGGAGAUUGUAGAAAAGGAAAUUCAACCACAAGAACAGAUAGUAGAAGUGAUUGAGCGAAAAGAGGAGAAUCACCCUCCACCCCCAAUUCCGAGAUCUACGAGACCACAGAAUCGUGAAGAAACUCAUGAACAAUCACAUAACGAAGAUUCUAGUUCACACCAGAAGCCCUCUCAUGGUGGCAACCUCCCCCCAUUGCCGAGUGAACAGUCCUCCACUCAUAAGGAUCCACCUUCAACCCCCUCUCGUAACCGACGAUCUUUGAAUCUAUCAACAAAACGACAAUCUCUUCACGAAGCGGAGUUGCCCUCAACCCCCACUCGCAAUCGACAAUCUCAGCACGAAGAAGAAUCACCUUUGCCUAAACAAUCAUUAAUUGAUAAUGACACUGAUCGCUUGCCAGAUUCACCUGUUCACUCUGACGACGAUCAAUCAAAACCAAAACCACCAUCGGAACGACGGAAAUCAAAAAGUAUAUCAUCGAUUAACGAAGACACUACAGAAGAAUCGCAGGAUACUGUGAAUUCACCUGUUUCAUCUGCUAGAAGACCAAUUCCUCCACCUAGAUCGAAGUCCAUCUCACAAGAAAACAAAAAUGAUGCUCCCAAGAUAACAUCGCCACUUUUAGCAAAGCCCCCAUCGAUUCCAAGACCCGGAAUUGCUCUGGCAAAACCUCCUUCUAUUCCAAAAAGAUCUCCGGCAUCUUAUAAAAGCACUUCAUCUGUAUCCGAUGAUAUCGAAUCUGAGAAGGACAAGCAACUUGAACUUGAUUCAAGAGGAUAUGAUGAAGAAGAAUAUCACAGCUCAAAGACUGAAGAAACUACAAAAGUUAAAGUCGAAUCGCUCAUAACUAAAGAAAAUUUGGAAGAGACAGAAAUCGAUGUUAGCCAAGACGGUGAAAUGGCUAAAAACAUUGAUGAGCAUGUUAAAGAAGAUUCUGUUUCCAAUGAUGAGCAACAUGAAAAGAAUUCUGAAAAGAAGGAGCCCGAGGUUCCACCCAUACCAACUGGGCCUAGGCUAACAAACUUGGGUGCCGAGAGACCGGCAAUUAAAGGUAGAAGACCUCCAGCAAAACAUGCCGUAGUUCAAAGUCAGACCGAAAUUUUGGAGCAAGCAGUUGCGCAGGAAAAAGACGAAGUCGAGGAGCCUAAGCAAAAACCCACUAACACACCACCCAAACCAAUGAAACCGAACAUGUUCAAAUUACCGAUUGCCGGCGGAGGAUUACCAAAUGUCGCUCUACGUUCUGUCCCCAAAAAGCCAGUUGAGCUAUCUACAUCCUCAACAUCUACUGAAACAAAUAUCACAAAUGUCGAACCUAUCAACAAACCGUCAGUUAAAUCGAUUAGCUCAAGGUUUAACAUUCCAAAUCAAUCGACCGAAGUCGAAAUAAGGUUAAAAAAAUGGGUUAAUGAAGAAAUAAAUAAGGUUAAAAGUCAUUUUGAAGCUCAGUUGUCGGAAGAAAGAAUGAAGCGAGAAGAAUUGGAAGCACAGUUGGUAGAGGAAGGAAGAAAGCGAGAAGAAUUGGAAGAAUUGAUUCGUGAGAUUCAGUCUGGAUUUGAAUCAUAA